GAGAAAAACGUCAAAACGAAAUUUUUCCUUCGCACACAAUAAAAACGCGAAACUUGCGUAAUUUUUAAAUAACACUCGACGAAAUCUUCACAUACAAACUUAUUUAACAGUUAGCAUGUGAGAAACAGUGCAUUUUGGCUUCCGUUCAUUCAUUUCGCGAGCAUGGAUGGCGGGGACAGGAUACUGGUGGCUGCAGGUGUUACUGCCGCAGUAGUGGUCGGUGCUUUUGUCUUGUGGGGCCCAGGAGGGGCUCCGAAGGUGCGCAAGAGGCGGGGGCAGAUAGCUGGUCUCCAAAACUUGGGCAGGACAUGUUUUUUGAAUACGCUAUUACAGGCUUUGGCUGCCUGUCCUACUUUCAUAGACUGGUUGAAGAAAUACGCGAAAGCUAACGGACAUAACAGUAUGAUAACUACGCUGUACACUGUAAUUGAAGUAAUAAAUGGCACCCAUGAGUCAGCCCGUGGGACUCCGGUGUGUCCACUUGGAGUGCUCCAGUCUCUCAGAGCAGCAGGCUGGGUGGUGCCAGCUGACCAGCAGGAUGCACAUGAGUUGCUCCAUGUUCUACUGUCCUGCAUAGAGGAGGAAACUACAGCUAUGGCUAAAAAGCCUGGCUGCCUAUCGGACGCUUUAGGCCUAGGAUCGCGCGCCUGGUCAGCGAUAGCGUCACCCGCGUCGCCCCCUGCGGGAGGGCACUCCCUGCGCGCCGACUCUACCCCGCCCACGCCCUCCGCGCUCAGCACGAGGCCCGCCUCCGCCGCGCCCGGGGACGAGCCUGAUCUCAUCGAGCCAGACCCAAUGACGGAGCCACCGCGGCUGACAAAGGGCGUGUCCCGUUCGUUCUGCCACCUGAGCUCAGUGGGUCGGCGCUGGCUGCCGCUCGCGCCGGCGCCUCCGCCCCCGCCGCCGCCCUUCCGCGGCACGCUCGCGUCGAGGCUGCAGUGCACCGUCUGCUCGAAUAAGAGUCCGGUGCGUUACGACAAGUUCGACAGCAUCUCUCUGUCUCUAGCCAACGCCAGUGUUGGACUCACCGGCUCCUACAGUCUGGCAGGUCUGCUCCGCGCGUUCACGGCGCCGGAGCUGGUGAAGGGCGUGCAGUGCAGCAAGUGCUCCCCCCCGCCCGGCCCCGCCGCCGACACCGCGCCGCCACCCCCGCCCGCCUACACCAAGCACAUCCGCACCGUCAGCUUCGGGAAGCUGCCGGCGUGCCUGUGCCUGCACGUGGGGCGCGUGGAGUGGAGCGGCGGCGCGCUGUGCAAGCGCGGGGAGUUCGUGGCGUUCCCCGAGACGCUGUGCAUGGCGCCCUACGCCGCUGCGCACCAGCCCAAGGUGGACCUGAUGUCCCUGGUGGGCGAGGGGCGGCUGCGCAGCGGCGUGGCGGCGCUGAACGCGGCGGGCGCCGGCAGCCCCGCGGGCGGCGGCGCCACGUACCGCCUCACGGCCGCCGUGGUGCACGUGGGCGGCCCACGCUCCGGACACUUCGCCACCUACCGCAGGGGGAACGGGUUCGAAGCUAACAGGUGGUGGUAUACAUCAGACACGUUAGUGCACGAAGUGUCGCUGCAGGAGGUGCUGCGCUGCGCCGCCUACCUACUCUUCUACGAGAAGAUGCCGCCUCCCAUACAACACCACUUCUAGUCACCAACUCUGCUCACUACCAAGACUGCAUGUAAUGGUACAACGGGAGGAGGCACUAGAGUCUAGUAAUCUUUAUUAAUCUCUGUCAAAGCUCGGUGAAGUAUAGGAGCUAUGAUGCGCCUCUGUCUGACCCUUAAAGGAUAAAGCGCGUGUUUAUUAUGCUGUAAACAUCAGGGGUAAUUUAAAAUAUUGACUGUUUAAAAAAUCAUGGGUUAUUGAUGGCAGUGAUAGCUGUAGAGUGAUGAUCUUUAUGACGGGUAAUGUGUGCCAAUGGAGUGUAAGUUUGCUAACUAGAGAAGGAACUAAGGUUGUGUUAGUCCAAAGACGAAAUGGAUGAAUAAAAAUUACUAGUUUCAAAACUGGUAAAAAAAUAUAUUUAUAAAAUAGGUUUUUAUGGCCGUGUAAAUUGGUUAAAUUACCCAUCUAAAGCAAGCGAACACUUACUUAGAACAAAGUUUUCUAUUUGUUAGACGUCUCUUAUGAAAAACCGUGUUAAAGAUAUUCAUCAGACCGAAGCAACAAUCUGGUUAAUAUCUACAAAUGAAUGUAAAAAAUAGACUUAAAAGGUUCAUACCCAGCAGUGUAAAAUAUAUUUUUUAAAGUCUCACCUUCCGGCUAGACGUGCUAGCUCACAAAUCGCUUUAAAUAAAAUAACAACGAUUGAAAAUUGUGAUAUUACGUACAAAUUCGACAUUUCAUAGAAUUUGUGUCCAUAUCUGUCGCGUAUAGACGUCUUGUGAAGUCUUUUGACAUAAAUCGUGUCGACGCAUCUACAGGUUGUUUCAUAAAGGUGAUAUCAAUGAUAACUUAGAGGAAGAGUUAUUUGUAACUAACUGGUAAAAAUUAAUAAAAAAACGUUGCCACGAUAGUUUGUAUCUCACUUGAAAUAACAACCAUAUAAUUAAUAUAUUAUUAUGAAUUUCAAAAUUUGAACUACCAACAUUGCAUGUUGUUUUUAUCGUUAUCGAUUAGUUACAACAGACUUUCCUUUUAAAUAGAUAUAUUAUUGAUACCCCCUGUGUACAACAUUCUGUAUUGUAAAAUAAUAUUAUCUUCUAAUAUUAAAACUUAAAUUCUAAAAGUGCACAAUAUCAAUUCGAUUUACAAAAUUUCAAAAAACUUUUCGACUAUUAAAAUUCUAUCAGUAUUAUGUCUAAUUAGAUUCGAAAAAAAUAACUAUUUUUUAAUCAUCUUUUUUACCAAAAAAUUUCUAAGUAAUGAGGCUAAAAUAAUUAGAUUUCAAAAUUAAUGUCUAUCCACUUCUUCAUUGCAUUUUGUAUAUAAAAUUGCAUUUAUGUAAAUAAAAACAUAUCUAGGAGCAUGUAGACUACGUACGAACGGAGUUGAAUGUAAUUCAUAGUAUUUGCCAUUUUAAUGUCAACAUAGUGCCGUUAAGUUUUAUUCUUUACGGACAUAAUGAUUGUAAUUUAGUUUUACUAGAUGUAAAUCAAUGACCACGAAAUUAAGUAAAAAUAUAAUUCUUUACUAUAAAUAUUUCCACCGUUCAGGUGAAAAAAUACAUGGAAAGAAAGUUACUUUUAAAAGAGUGAUACUUGCAACAUUGAACUCCACUCGUCUUGCCAUCCAUAAUACGUCAUUUCUAUUCUUUGUACCUAUAUCACAAAAUCUGCUUUAGUAUGAAUGUAAAUUCUAGAUAAACCUUUUUAAAACUUAUCUCUUUUUAUAAAGCUAUCUGAGGUCUCGGCCCAUCUAGAUGAGAGUCAUAGAUAAACCCUAGGGUGAUCUUCCUAAGAUCUGAUCUAGGGGAGGGUAUCUUAAAGGUUGACGAUCUGUCGUGAUCAAUAAACGAAUCCAAUCGUUUUUUCAAUCGAUCACAAAAAUUAACCAAUCAGGGCUGUUUUUUAACAUGCUUACAAAUCCCUUGUUUUGGUUGGUCUAUUCUCGGAAUCUUAUUGGAUGCGGGCCGCUUUCAAUAGGUCGAUCUGGUAUUUUUUGGGGGAGGUCUAUGUUCAGCAAUGGACAUCCUGGGAUUGGAUAUGGAUCAUUGGGAUCGGUUAUUGAAUACGGUCGCUAGUAAAUGUCGUCAUAGUGUGUGAUCUAUUGUAAGGCAUGAAAACAAUUAAGGUUUAUCUCUUACAUGCGGUUCUUUUUCGUAAUAUGACUUCGUUGUUACAAUUUAAUAUAAAAAAAUUAUGAUUUUAUCGCUUCUCGUAGAACCAUAACUUUGACUGUUUUUGAAGUUUAUAUCAUCGCCAUAGUUUGUUGUUGUUUGUUGCCAAUGCGAUAGUUAAGUGUCAAUAUUGUAUACGCUGGUGCCAUUUUGUGUA